UCAUGGCGGAUAUUGACUUCUAUCAAGAAGAUUCGGAUGAUAAUUCCGAUAGCUCUCUUGGCCUGGAUGACACUGGGGUCCUAGAGGAUGAUUGCUAUGGCCCAGAUGACCACCUGUCCCCCCUACAAAAACUAGAGAAGUACAUGAACAGUGACAACAUAUUUAGCAGACAAAUGGUUGCCAAAAGUAUGUUGGACACAUUGCGGGCUGUGGGAGGGGAAAGAGAGGAAUGUGAUGCAGUACUCAAGGCCAUGGUACGCCUAUCCGACGAUGCAGAAGCCACCGUCAGAUCUGAACUGAUGGAACAAGUUCCACACGUGGCCAUGUAUUGUUUGGAGAAGAGGCAUAUCUUCCAAGACUCAGUACCUACCUAUUUACUACCGAUGGUGGUCAAAUAUUUGAAUGAUAUGAAUAACCAGGUUCGUAAGACAAGUCAAGCCGCUUUAUUAGUUCUCUUGGAGCAAGAACUAGUUGACAGAACUGAUAUAGAAGAACAGGUGGUAGGUGUUAUAGCAGACUUGGCCAGGCCAGACAGUCCAGAUGACUUCCGUACAGAAGCAGUUGCUCUUAUGAGUAAAAUGGCCCCUCUGUUGGGUAGAGAAAUGACUGAAGCUCAAUUUUUACCAAGAUUCUGUGAAAUGUGUACGGACAGCUUAUUUCAUGUGAGAAAGGUUUGUGCUGCCAACUUUGGUGAUAUAUGUACUGUAGUGGGACCAGAAAGUGUGGAAGAACAGCUGUUACCAAAGUUCUAUUACCUGUGUGAAGAUGGAGUGUGGGGAGUAAGGAAAGCUUGUGCAGAGUGCUUUAUGGUGGUCUCCCGGGCCUGUACGUCUGAAACUCGGCGUAGUCAACUCUCUGGCAUCUUUGUCAACUUGCUCUGUGAUCUGUCCAGAUGGGUGAGAAUAGCGGCAUUCCAGGCACUGGGACCAUUCAUCUCAACAUAUGCUGACCCUAGAAUUAUGGAGCUAUUGAUACGAGAAGGCAUAACGAGUGUUGAAGGGGAGAUAACUUGUGAUAUUAAUGUAGAAGAUAAGCCAGGUGUAACUGAGCAGGCCAAAAGCAAUGAAGAGGAAUCCAAUAAUAAGGCCAGCGACUCUGAUACACCUAAUAAUUCCUUCAAUGAAGAGGAGAAGAAGAGGGUUUGGAGGACAGGAUACAUAAUGUGGCUCCAGAGGCUGGCCCUCAGGAAAGAGCUGGAGCUGGACCUAGACUGUGAUACCAAAGAUCAGCACAUUGACUCCACUGAUAAAUCUGUUGAAGAAAUACGCUCUGAAAAAUAUAUGCAAGAAAGUGAUUCUAAGAAAGAUGAAAGCCAAGAUUCGGACAGUAAUAAGGAAAAGAAAAUUUCGCAACCAGAAGUUCUGUAUGAGUGUGCAACAGAAGUUGAGAAGAGUGAGCCUUCCAUCUGUAGGACUGAAGAUACAAAUGAAAGUACAAAUGAACAUACACAAAUAGGGGAACAUCCUUGUUCUGUUGAUAAAGAUGUAACAAGUGAUACAUCAACCUCUAGUCCAGAUACCCUUGAAUCAAAGACAGAUGAUAGCAGUAUAGAAGAUGACAAUUCUGUGUUCAGUGAGGACAGGCCUUCUGACAGUCAGAUAACCACAGAGACAUGUGAAGAUGGCCGUGUUCAUAUACAUGUUGACAAUGUAGCCACUUACAAUAACUUUCAGUUUUGGAGAACUCCCAUACCGGCCGUGGAUUUAGAUUUAGAUAUAGUGAAUGGAACCCCAACAAACAUUCAUCUAACGGCUAAAGUGAAAGACGAAGACAAUCACAAAAUCUAUGCAACAAAAAUGGACAUCAGUCUUGGUAACAAGAAUAAUUCAGCAGAACAGGAUUUAUCACAGUCGCUGGCGAAAAUGGAAAUCGGUUCUGCCUCAGAGAAGGCUUUGGUCACAGGAUCAGCAGAGUCCAAUCUGGAGAAGGCUGGCAUCAAAAUCCACACUGCCAGUGUUAGCACUGUGUGUGAGGCAAUCAGUGAAACAGUCUCCAACAUUGGCAGUACACAUGUUUUAGGUCACAAUCUGGGAGGGAAUGACAGUGCUGUCCAAGACAUUGUGAGCAAUAGUAUAGGUUACAUCGACAGUGACUCUGUGUCCUCCACGGGCAGUAGUAUGAGAGAUUCAGCCAUGUUUGAUGAUUCAGCUUUGUCCCAGCAACAGGAUGUGAUACCCCCUCAUCUACUAGAGCAUUACCUCAGUAUGGUGGACCCGUCACGUGCGCAGACCGUGGAUACAGAGAUCACCCGACAUUGUGCCUACAGUCUGCCUGCCGUGGCCUUCACGCUUGGACGCAAGAACUGGCCCUGUCUAAAGAUAUUAUACGAAACACUUGCCUCUGACAUGCAGUGGAAAGUUCGGCGUACUCUAGCCUUCUCAAUUCAUGAGUUAGCCCUGAUUGUGGGAGAGGAUAUCACACAUGAAGAUUUGGUGCCGGUGUUUGACGGUUUCCUCAAGGAUCUGGACGAGGUCCGUGUGGGAGUUCUCAAGCAUUUCUCAGACUUCCUAAGAUUGUUACGACCAGAAGUGCGUCAGAGUUACCUUCCCCGAGUACAGGAUUUCUUGACCACAGACAACCAGAGAAACUGGCGCUUUAGGAUGGAAUUAGCUGAUCAGCUGAUAUUGCUGUGUGAGCUGUUCACUGGCCGUGAUAUUUGUGAGCAUCUUAUCCCUGUUGCCAUGACCCUGGUGGGAGACAAAGUGGCAGAGGUCCGUCAGAUAUCCUGUAGAUUGUUAGCAGUGAUGAUGAGACGCCUGUCUGAAGACCAGGAUGACAGAAUGGUUCAUCUUCUAGUCAAUGAUAUCACAGAAAGAUUUGCCCGCAGUAACAAGUGGUAUGGAAGACAACUGUAUGCCCAGCUGUGCCUGUAUCUACUGGAGGAGAAUGCCUUACCACCAGAGGACUUUGCCAACUUGCUGCUGCCAAGUCUACUGUUUCUCUCCUCUGAUAGUAUACCCAAUGUGAGGAUCAGUCUGGCCAAAACCCUCUCUCAGAUGGUCAUGCCCUCGGACUACUUCACGUCAUACCAGAACCCGCACCAUGAGGAGCUGUUACAGUCUAUCCAGUCUCUGAAGUCUGACAGUGACAAGGAUGUGAGGUACUUCUCCUCCUUAGAGCCUGACCAAACGUCCUUCCUCAAUAUGAAUAUUCCAGUGUGAUGGGGUUUAGCCAGGCUGUUGCUGUGUGGACAUCGUUUUAAGAUGUUGUGUGGAACUUUAUUACCAGAAAGCCUUAGUCUGUGUGUCAUCAGUUUUCCAACAAGGCUCCAACAUUGGCUCAUUUUAUAAUGAUAAAUAUUUUCAGAUGGCCAUCUCUAUUUUUAUGUAGAGUUAUUGUUGACUUAAGGGACCAUCACACAGAUACAUAAAUUGGCUGUGAUUGUUGUACAACGUUUAUACACAUGUAGGAGUAUCUGGGUUAAUAGUACUGGCUAUUAAAGAUGGUGCCCAUGUUACUUUUUGCUAAUAUUCUUCUGGAGCUGGAGUGAUUCUCCUGUGAUAAUUCGGCUGACAAGCAUUGUUGAAGGUCAGACAAGUUACAGUAAGAAGUUUCACAGAUCAUUGAUGGUGUCACACAUUCUCAGGUACCUUAUCUUACUGAAUAUGUGCCAAGCUUGAUGUGUGCAAGUAGUUCGAAACAAAUAAUAGCCCUGCCAAGUUAAAUUGGGUUGUGCCACAGACCUCAAAUUUAGCAUUUUCAUCCUGCAUGUUUUGCAAUAACUUCUUUUGGAAGCAAUAAUGUCCAAUCAUCUAAAGGGAGAAGAAAUAAUGUUACUCAAAUAAUAAAACCAUCUGAAAUUAAGGAUGCACUAAGGACUAGUGUAGUUCAUUUUGUUCUGAUAAAUAUGCUCAUAUGUACAGAUUGUCGUCGCCUAGACUGGAAAAGUCACUCUUAUACUCUGUACUAUUGUGGGGCGUUCAGUUGUCUGUCCGUCUGUAAAGGUUUUGGCUUUACUUCUAUCUACAGACCACUUGGAAUUUUAAAUUAACUUCUUGUCUCUUCCACCAGAGCAGAAGCCCAUUAUAAAGUCCAUUUACUUAGCCUCUUUUUUUUUU